AUGAUUAAUGGACAAAAUAAUUGUUCCUCAGACAAUAAAUGUGGACGAUAUGGCUAUUGUUAUAUGGUAAAAGACGAGAUGUUAUGUGAAUGUAAAUUUUGGUGGGAAGGAGAAUUAUGUAAUCAGCAGUCAAAUAGUGGAAAACAAGUUAUUAUACUUGGUUGUUUGACAGGAACACUUGUUUUCAUUUUCUUUAGUUUAAAAAUCAUUAGAACUAUUCAUAAAAAACGAAAAGAACCAAAAGUAAACAAAAAAAAAGAAGUAUUACAAGAUCCCAAACUAAUAAAUCUAGCAAUUGAACAUGUAAAAAAAUCAACUCCAGUAUCAUCAUGUCUUAUCACUAUUUUGAUGAUUAUUGUUGCUAUUGGAACUCUUGUUGCUAAAUGGUCGAUUAUAAAAGAGAUUCAUAAUGAAAUAAUUAAUAAAUAUAAAAAUAAAAAUAAAGAAGCAAUUUAUUUUAAUAGAAAAUCUUUUUGUGAUAUACUUGAUAUUGAACAAUUCAAUGUAGUGACAUUUCCUGUUGCUUGUUUAUUUAUCAUCAUUUGUAUAGUAAUGACCAAACGAUCAUCAUUUAUGCGAAAUAAAUGUCAUGGAUAUGGAGCACCACCAAUACCUGUUGAUUUUCUUUCACAUGUAGAUCGAAAAUUUGCUGCUAUUGUUUUUGCUAUUAUAUCUGAUGAAUUGCUUGGAAUAGUACAAGAAAUUGGUGGCUCAUCAGGCCCAAAAGAAGGCGUUCUUGUUACAUUUCUUUUACGUAUAUUUCAAGUAUUAAUUAUGGGCGUUCGAUUUUAUCCUAUUCUAUCUUCUGUUUAUAUCAAUUCGAUAAUUUCAUUAGUAUGUGGAAUAAUAUAUGCAUGGCUUGAUUAUUCGUUUACAAUUAUUACUCAAGGUAUGUGUUAUCCGACUUAUUAUCCAACUUAUGAUGAUUAUUUGGAAAAUUCAACUGAUAUUAGUGAGAAAUUGGAUUAUUAUGGUACUGGUUCAGCAUUGAUUGCUAUAGAAUUAUGUAGUGAUAUUCCAAGAUAUCUAUGUUUAGCUUAUAUUAGUGUUAAAUUACCAGUAAUGUUAAUAGAAAAAAUCUAUAAUCAACGAAAAAAAAAUUUAACAGAAGAAAAUAAAAUGUUAUUAUCAUUAUCACGAGAAGAAAAUUUUUUAUUAAGUGUAUCUCAUCCGGAUUCAGCUGAAAUGCUUUAUGUACGAAAUUUACUUCGUUCAGCUGAUCAACGACCUUCAAGUCAAACAUUAUUUGCUCGUUUAAUUCCAAAAUUUAUUUAUGAAUGGAGAGAUGAUUUUCAAUUUUCAUCACGUAUUUUAUGUCUUUAUUCAUCCAUAUUCUUUCUACUUUUUUUCAUUACUGUUCAAGCUUGUGUAGAAGUUGUACCUACAUUAAAUACUGUUCAACAAGCUCUGCAAAUAACUGUUGAUGAAAUCAUUAAUCUCAUUAAUUCAAUAAUCGAUACAUUCUCUAAUAAUGAUGAUAAUGAGGAUAAAGUUCCAUUGAGUUUUCCACUACCAAAUUUAGUUAAAACAUACCUAUGUGCUGUAGCUAUGACAGUUACACUUAUUAUUAUACAAUUAAUAGUAUUCUUAGUUAAUAUACGUCGAAAUUUAUUACAAGUAUAUCGUGGUGAUGAUAGUGAAAUACCACGAAGACAACGAUCAAAAUAUAUUUCAUAUGCAACAGGAAAUUUUCAUUUUGCUGGAUAUUUUAUUGGUUUUUUUAUAUGGGGUUUUAUUAUUAUAGCACUUUUUUCAACAAUAGUUUGUGCUUCUAUAGGUGCAUUCAUUACAUAUGGAAGUGUUAAAGCGUUAGAAAAAGUUUUAAAAUUUAUUGUACCAAGUAUUUUACUUAUUACUUUUAAAUUAUUUUUAAAUAAGCUUCUUGCACAAUAUGUUUUUUUACAACAUUAUGGAGAUGUUUUAGCAGUGAACAAUCGUCGUUUUUAUAUGAUAUUUAUUUAUUUUAAUUUCUUCUUAGAUGCUUUUCUUGGUUUUAUUUCAGCAAUAUUACGUUUUGUUAAAAGUAUUAUUGGUGCAAUACUUUAUAUGUGUCGAUUAGAUUACUCAGCAUUAGGUCGAAAAUUAGAAUCAUUUGAUAAUGGUUUUAAUGCAUAUUGUGGUUUUAUUCAUACAGAAUGUACUCAUCGACAUCCAGUUAUGUUAGUAUUUCUUUCACAUUUAUUUAAUCAAAUUAAAAAACAACAAUAUACAAUGACACAUAGUGAUUUAGAUGAUUUUACACUUGAAGAAAAAAGUGUAAUUGAACUAAAAAAAUCAUCAAAAUAUAUUCGAAAGUGGAGAUUAGCUGUUUUUCUUAUUCGAAAUCCAGCUAUUGUCUUUUUUAGAAAAACAUUUCUUAAACAAUUAUGUAUCGAGGAUCUUCAUGCAAUAAAUGAUGUUGAUAAUGAUAACCAACAUGAUACUCAACGAGGAGCGGCUUUUUAUACACGUCAAAUGGCUGCACAACGACCAAGUUUUGUUACCGAAAUAGAUCCAACACAGAUUAUAAUUCUAAGAUUUUAA